UUUUGAAAAUAUAUAUACAAAAGACUCUUCUGCUAAAGUUCAAGUGACUGAAGGUUGUUCACAAAUUCUUGAUUUCUUUCAUAAAACGAAUUCUGUUGGAUUUUUGCAUAAAAAGUGCAACUACUAAACAUUCUUGUGAUAGCUUCUUUGUGAAUGUGUCACUGUUCUUGAUUUGCACACGCCUUAUAAUUUAGGCCUUCUUUUGUUUUGGGUUGGCAGUUCCAACUGUUAAAGCUCUUGUCUGAUUAUGUGGGACUCCUUAUUUUAAUGGGAGCAGCUUCUUUGCUGCAUUUUUAAAAAAUGGUCUCGGAAGCUUCUUACUGUGGAUCUUUGUUGAGGACAAAGGAUUAUUUAUGCUAAAGGAAAAUGUAUUCCCCACUGAAUUAGCUCGUGGGAAGCAUAACAAGCUUAUUAGUAAUGCUCAAUUGUACUUUGGCCUUUUGCUAUGGUAGAGAGAAGGAAAAAAUGACAUCAAAAAGGACAUUCUGCUGUCCUUUGCCUUCCCGCAAAGAAAACGUGAUGUAAUAUUAGACUUUUGUUAGAUUUAGCUCAAGUUCAACUUUGGUACCAGCAGAAAUACUCCUGAAAGAAAAGUGAAAAGCAUUUUCAUUUCAACAUAGAUGGCCAUGCAACCUGCAAUUCAAGUGUGGUUUGGAGAAGACCUGCCUCUAAGUCCGCGUAGUCCUCUGACCCCCAGACAUGGGCCAGGUUUGGCUGAUGUUUGUCAGUAUGAUGAGUGGAUAGCUGUGAGGCAUGAAGCCACCCUGUUGCCCAUGCAAGAAGAUCUGUCAAUAUGGCUAUCUGGUUUGUUAGGUAUUGAAGUUAAGGCAGAACGAUUAUUGGAAGAACUUGAUAAUGGAGUACUACUAUGCCAACUGAUUGAUGUUCUUCAAAACAUGGUGAAAACAUGCAACUCUGAAGAUCCUGGGAAUUUUCCAAUGAGAAAAGUGCCCUGUAAGAAAGAUGCUGUCUCAGGUUCAUUCUUUGCUAGAGACAAUACUGCAAACUUCCUUCACUGGUGUAGGCACAUUGGGGUUGAUGAGACUUACCUCUUUGAAUCUGAAGGUUUAGUUUUGCACAAAGACCCAAGACAGGUGUAUCUUUGUCUUCUAGAAAUUGGUCGAAUUGUGUCAAGAUACGGGAUUGAGCCGCCAGUAUUAGUAAAACUUGAGAAAGAAAUUGAACUGGAAGAGACCUUACUUAAUACUUCUGGGCCUGAAGAUUCCAUUAGCAUUCCGAAAUCAUGCUGUCAGCAUGAAGAACUGCAUGAAGCUGUUAAACAUAUUGCUGAAGACCCUCCUUGUAGUUGUUCCCACCGAUUUUCUAUUGAGUACCUAUCUGAAGGACGGUACCGACUUGGGGAUAAGAUACUCUUUAUAAGAAUGCUUCAUGGAAAACACGUCAUGGUCCGUGUUGGUGGAGGCUGGGAUACUCUUCAAGGAUUUUUGCUUAAAUAUGAUCCCUGUCGCAUAUUGCAGUUUGCUACACUAGAACAAAAAAUUCUAGCAUUUCAAAAAGGAGUUGCUAAUGAAAGUAUACCUGAUUCAUCUGCCAGAACACCUCAGCUUCCUGAAAUGAAUCCUUUGUCAGCAGUUAACAUGUUUCAGAAACAAAAAUCAAAACCUGGCACACCAGUUGGUAUUCCAAGGAGCAAAGAAAAGCAGACAUGUCCACCGGCUGAGCUGCUGCCAGCAUCUUCCCCAAAAGGAGGGAAUCUGGGCUCCGUGUCAGUCCGUCCUAAAUUGCCAAAUACUCCAGCAGUGUCUUCUCAUCUUAAGCUCAAAUCUUCAAAAGGCAUAGUAAAGAAACCACCAGUUCCUUCAAACAAUGCAUCGUCUUCACUUCCUUCUUUAAAUCCAGUAGGUAAAAGUACUUCUUCGCCAGCUUUAUCCAGAACUGCACCUAAAUGCAUCUCAUCACCCAGUACUCCUAAGGUCAAGCUUGCUAUGGCCCAGAAGCCCAGAGAUGUGCCUGAGUCUGCACUUUUGCCAAAUAAAUCUUCUGGAAAAACUGAACCAAAGCAUUUGAAACACACUCACGUAUCUUCCAGGGAUAAUGCAGUAUCUCACUCAGCUGCACACUCAGAUUCAUCAUCAAAGGGUCCAAAGCUCCCUAAAGCAAAUAUCCAUGUAAGGCCUAAACCUUCCCCUUCAUUCCAUUCCCCUACAAAAGUUACAAAAUCUAGUUCCAAAACUACCACCGCAGGUCUAGGAACAGGGUGUCAGCCAUCUGAUGGAGCCCCACAAGCAAGAGCAAUGCCAACACAGAAACUGAAGUCAGCCUUGAAUUUAAAGCAGCCACUCUCGGUAUCCUCAGUUGUGCCUGCAAAAGCUGCACAGGAAUCGAAAGAUAAGAACAUGGUUUCAGUUGCCAAAAAGCAGCCUCAAAAUAAAAGUACAUCCCAGAAGAUAGGACCCAGCUCCUCGAAGUCCCCUGGCCGUACCCCGCUGUCCAUCGUGAGUCUUCCCCAGUCCUCAGUCAAGACACAGACUGUGCCAAAGUCAGCACAGACUGCCACUAAGAGCCAGUAUUUAGCUAAAGGGCUUCCAAAAAGUGCCAAAGCCCCAGCCUCAACCAGGAAACCACCCUCAUCUGGCAAGGAAGCAGUUGGCGGCGAUAAAAAACAUACUGCAAAGAAAAAGGAAGAUGAUGACCAUUAUUUUGUUAUGACUGGAAGUAAGAAACCUAGAAAGUAAACACAAAUGUAUCAUUUUAAGAAAACAGGAAAGUCAAAGAGUGAAUGUAUUGGCAUCACAUCUUAAAAAUUUCUCCUGUUUGUCCAAAUAGGUUCAGACAUUAGGCACAGUAAGAUGGGGGUUGGAGGUUGGGGAUGGAGGUGGAAGGUGCAUCAGAAUUCACAUUUCUGAAUUCACCAGAAGAUACCCUUUUGAGGCGGACAGUUGUAAAAUUGCUAUAAGGUUCUUAUUAAUAAUAGACAUUUAUAUGAUUUUCAAUUCAUAGCAUCUUUGUUAAUGUCUGCCCUUUAAGGGAAAUGUAGAGUUAAAUAACACUACUAGAGUUAUAAUUAUAGUUGCUAUAUUUUUUAAUGUGUAUUAAAUAUGGAGGUUACAUACUGGCUAAUGGCAACAGUGGUGCUCUAAAUAUUAAUUAUUGCAUCUUAAAAUUAGCAACGGUUUGGCAUUUUUCUUACAAAAGGCACCUAAUUUAAUUGUUUGAUCAGGAUUGCCUGAUUGAACAAUACUAAGUACCAGUGGCUGCUGCUGUUGAUUAGCUGGACGUUACUCUAGGGUUGGUAGAAUCCUAUUACUUAAAAUUUUUCAAGCUUUCCAAAUCAGAAGGAACUGAUUUUUGACUGGCUUAUUUUAAUAUUGGUAACAUUUUAUUAUAUUUUUGGUAAAAAAAUUGUAAUAUUUUUGGUAAAAAAACACAAAAUAUUGAAAUAUAAACUGAAAUUUGGUAAAAAAAACACAAGACAUUAUAAAAUGUACACCUCUUUUAGAUGGGUGUUGUGCAAUGUGAAAGGGGAAACUGAUUUAGUAACUUUUAGCAUAUUAAAAAUAUUUUUAUUAUAGUUUCCUAUGAGUGCAGAUACGAAUUUUUACUUUAACAUGUUUUAACAUCAGAAUUAAGUUUUAACAGCCUUAAAAUUAAGGUGUUAUUAAAGAAUCUUAUGGUGGUGCUAUAUAAAAAUUCUCUCAUGUGAUUGUUAUUUUUCUUUAGAUAGCACAAUGCCAAUUUUAAGUAGAUCCUUUCAAUUACAUUAUUAUUAUUAUUUUUAAUAAUGUCAUGCUGCUUUCAGUUUUUCAAUGGCAAGUGGACAGUACAUAUGCGGCAUUUUGGGCUCUGUAAGCAGAUUCUCCAAGGAACAUAUCCACAUCAUGUAAUGACCGCAUAGGUUCCGUUGAUCUAAGAUAAAUGUAAAUAAUUUUUCAAGGGAUUGUGACUAUUUAAAAAAGUAUUAAUGUACUUUCAGAAGUUUGGGGGGUGUGCUUAUGAACUUUAUAGUGUUAUCAGUUAUCAUAGGUUAUUGUUUUCAAAAUUGUGGUUUGUAUUUCCCUAUUUUAAGCUAGAAUGUGUUGUCUAAAGAAAAAUAAUGGUUUAUACAAAGGUGCAAUUAUAAGAUAAGCAUCUUAAGUUGACUACUAACAUUCUACAGAUUAUAAAGCAAGAAAACUUUGUAUAAAAUGAAGUGACCUUUUGUCUGAGGAAUAUAGUUACAAUCAGAGAUAUAUGCCGGCUCGUUUUUGGAAUAAUUGAUGUUUCUCUUCUUACAAGAGACAGUCACCAAAUAUUUGGUUUCGUUCUGUUGCUCUGGGCCUUGAGAGGGAAUAUUUACGUCUUUGGAAAGUGAAAUCACGUUCAAGAAGUGCUGGAAGCUUUACAUUUUUAGUGAUCAGAAAUAUUUAAUGUAUCUGUCAACAAGGAAGAAUUUUACCUUCAAGAAGGAGUUUAUUUCCUCAUAAGAUCAAAGAAUUCUUCUCUAUCAGUAACUUCUAGAACUUAAAAAAAAUAUAUUACAACCACACUAUGAAUCCAAGUAAAUUUUACAGUAUGUAAACAGUAACUUUUGUGUUGAGAGUAAUCAGGAAUAAAAGCAUCCCACAGGCAUCUGGCACAAAUUCCAAGAAUUUUGUUGUUGUUGUUAAAUUGGAAGUUAAUUUAUAAAUGGCCCUGUUCGUCAUCAGUAGGGAAUUUUUCCAGUUAUGUUCAUGUUGAAUGAAUUUUUAUUUAUAUAUAGCUUACCCUUCCAACAUAAAGAUUUUUUAAAAUAAGCAACAGCUGAAAGAUACUUUCUUCAAAUAUAUUUUGAAAUGCUUUUAAAGAACUGGUGUUUCUAAUCAUUUUCACAGUUUUUAAAAUACAAUACCGAAGGUGGAAAGUUUUCAUUUCUUCUUACUCAUAAUACAAGGUUUUAAAAGAUUUUUCAUAUUUCAUAUUUAAUAAAAUGAGUAUUAAGCUUAAAUUGUUAAAGCACCUGGCAGAAAAAAUAGCAUGUGUUUUCAAAAAAGGAUGGAAUGAGUUUUUGUUUUUCUUUGCUAUAAUUUGUUAACAUGACUGAUACAUCAAACUGAUCUUCAGAGGAAAAUGAAAUGCUGAUCAUUUUUAGAUUGUUUGGGCUUACAGCAGUUGUUUAAGAUUUAUGUCUUCAAAAUACCUUGAUAAAUUAAGUGACCUCUAACUUUCCUUUCCAUAUUGAGUUUACAAUUCUUAAUGGAUAAGGGAAAUUUUUGAGAAAAAAUUGCUCUUCCUUCUGUAAUCUAUUUAUCUCUACCUGAUUUUAAAAUCUAUUAGUCUUAAAGCCCUCAAUGAUAAGUGGUUAUUAUACAUUUGUACAACCAGAUUCACAUAUGACUCCAUUUGAAUCCAAAUUUGUGCACAUUUUCUUGUGCAGCAGUGUUUGUAUCAGAUUUUAACUUAUAUUUUCUCAAGUAUUAAAAUUUAAACGUAAA